AAAACAGAAUAUGCGCUGAUGGCGUGAAUAAGAACUUUUUUGUGGUUGUACAGGUUGGAUUUGGAGAUUGGGUUGGAUGUAACGCGGUACCAAACGCGAGUGAUCUGUUGUCAGUAGGAAUUAACUGUAUGGAUAUUACCGGGAAAAUAAAUAUUUUUUGAAGAAUGGAGUCUCCGCCUGACCUGGAAACAGUUUACCAGGCUGUAUAUUCUUUAUAUAAUAACUCAAAUCCUUCGGGGCCAGGAAAAACAUCUCAAUGGUUGGACGAAUUACAAAAAUCAGUAUUUGCAUGGAAAAUAGCAGAUGAAAUGCUGCAGCAAAAGCGAGAUGUUCAAUCUUGUUAUUUUGCUGCUCAAACAAUGCGUACUAAAAUACAGCUAUGUUUCCAAGAAUUACCUGCAGAAGCUCAUAUUUCUUUGAGGGAUUCUUUAAUGAAUCACAUAUCACAAAUUAAUGAACAUACCAAUUCUGCUAUUGUUACACAGUUGUGUUUAGCACUGGCAGACCUUGCAUUGCAAAUGUCUUCUUGGCAAAAACCAGUUGUUGAUUUAAUCAAUAGAUUUGGCGGAUCAACUGCUAGCUUAUGGCCAUUAUUGGAAGUAAUGACAGUAUUACCAGAAGAAGUAAAUUCAAGAUCCCUUAGAUUAGGAGCCAAUCGCAGACAGCAUAUAUUACUUGAACUUAAUGCAAGUGCAGAUACAGUUACUGAAUUUUUGAAAAUGUGUCUCAAAAAUGGUGGAGAGAAUGUACAAAUUCGUGUUACAAUUCUUAGAUGUUUUACAAGCUGGAUUGCAGUACAUGCUAUACCACUUGUACCUACAAGUGAUGUAAUUAUAUACACUCUUCAAAUACUUGGAAAUCAUAUGACUGGAUCUCAAUUACAUGAAGCAGCUGCAGAUUGUAUAUGUGUAAUUCUCCAAGUUUUGGAAGAAGAUAGUAAUAGCAAUCGGGACAAUAAUAGUGAAUCUAUUAUACAGCUGCAACAGUUACAGCUAUUUCUUUUUACUAGUGUAAUGUCCUUAGAACAAGCAUACCAUUUGUCUGUUGCACAUGAAGAUAUGGACAAAUCGAUAAAUUAUUGUCGGAUUUUUACGGAGUUAGCGGAAACUUUUUUGGAAACCAUGGCAAAUGGUUGUGUAGGAGGAAAGCAACAUUAUGCUAUCAAAAUUCUUGACCUUGUCUUAGUGUGUGUUGGACAUCACGAUUAUGAAGUGGCGCAAAUAACUUUCAAUCUAUGGUACCGUUUAUCCGAUAUAAUUCUCUACCAAAAAAAUAGUGAAGACCUAUAUGCAGUGUUCCGUCCUCAUAUCGAAAGAUUAAUCGGAGCAUUGUGCAGGCAUUGUCAAAUGGAACCAGAUCAUUUGGGUCUGGUGGAAGAGGGAGCUGGUGGAGAAGAAUUUGCAGAUUUCAGAAAUCGUGUUUCAGAUCUGAUAAAAGACGUUGUAUUUGUAGUUGGAAGUAGUCACUGUUUCCGACAAAUGUUUUCGUCCCUGACGGGUGGACCAGGACCACAGGGUCAACCUAAUCAUGUACCUACAUGGGAUUCUACCGAAGCUGCUUUAUUUGUAAUGCAAGCAGUUGCAAAAAAUAUUUUGCCAAAAGAGAAUGAUGUAGUGCCGAAAGUAGUAGAGGCUAUUUUAAAUUUACCAGAAAAUACUCAUAUAGCUGUUCGUCAUACAAGUAUACUUUUAUUAGGAGAACUUUGUGAGUGGAUAGAAAGUCAUCCACAGUCCUUAGAACCUGUUUUAAAUUUUCUUUUGACUUGCUUAAGUCAAAAGGGUUUGGGAAGUGCAGCUUGUGGUGCAUUAUUAAGUAUAUGUACUGCUUGUCCAUCACACAUGGCUUCACACUUUCCAGGAUUAUUGCAAAUAGCACGUUCUCUUGACAGUUUCGCUAUCAGCAACGAUGCCGCCAUUGGUUUACUUAAGGGAGUGGCAAUAAUCAUGUCAAGUUUGGGGCGUGAAGAACUUACGCAGGCUAUGAAAGAAUUAUGUUGGUUUCAAGCUAGACCUUUAUGUGAAAUUAUGGAACGUAGAAUUCCAAUUGAAGUAGGAACAAAGACUGACCCUGUGGUAUGGCUAGACAGAUUAGCCGCUAUAUUUAGGCAUACUGACCUGGACCCUCCAGUUGAGGAUCAUUUUGAACCUCACCCUUGUCAAAAUGCUGUUACCGAAAUGUGGCCCGUAUUAUCAAAUGUAUGCACAACAUAUCAACAUGAUGCAAAAGUAAUGGAGAGAUGUUGCCGUUGUUUAAGAUUUGCUGUUCGUUGUGUAGGAAAACAUUCCGCCCAUCUUCUUGAGCCACUUGUAAAACAGAUUGUGCAAUUGUACGCAGCUCAUCAACAUAGCUGCUUUUUAUAUCUUGGUUCAAUAUUAGUUGACGAAUACGCCAUAGAUUCGGAAUGUGUCCCUGGUUUAUUGAAAAUGUUGGAAGCAUUUAUUGGACCUACUUUCAAUAUCCUUCAACAACAAGAUGGACUAAAAAAUCACCCUGAUACAGUAGAUGAUCUGUUUAGAUUAUGUGCCAGGUUUCUUCAAAGAGCUCCAAUACCUUUCCUGUGCUCGGUCGUUAUAGAGAGUAUAAUUGACUGUGCCUUAAUGGCCUGUAGCUUAGACCAUAGGGAUGCAAAUGUUUCAGUAAUGAAAUUUUUUUAUGAUCUUUUGCACUGCGGUCGCAACAAUGAGAAUCGGACGGAUUAUACAAUACGACGGGAAUUAGUACAACGCAUAUUAAAAGAAAAAGGACAAACUUUAGUCAUAAGGCUUCUUCAUGCAUCAGUGUUUUCAUUAUCGUCCUACAUGUUAUCUGAUGUAGCAGAUGUUUUUAAUGAACUUUCUGUAACUAAUAGACAACUACUAUCCAAGUGGUUAGAAGAAGCCAUUAAGACUAUGCCAUCACAAAAUGCAGGUGGUUCUCCUACAGCACAACCUGAGCAGCUGUUUGAAUUUCAUAAUACGGUUGUAAGGGCGGAAACACCAAAAUCGAUAAAUCAUGCCUUACGCAAUUUUGCACGUUUGUAUCGCUGAUACAUUUUAAUGUAAAAAUUAAGACUAAAGAUAACGAAAUUGUAAACAGCAAAGAUCUUCCAGGACCCUCCAUUUGAAGGUAUUAAAGAAAAAUAAUUAUUGUGAAAUGGUAAGUCUAUGCUGUAAAAAUGUAUUAGAAAAUUUUUAAAUACUUUGUAUUUGUUUACUAUCUACACAUUCCUUCACAAAGUAUGUAAAAUGGAUAAAUAUAAGCCGACCUUCUUGUAAUAUGUGUUUCUUAAUUUUACACACAAACAUUGUAUUUAAUAACUUUUUUUAACAUAUAUAUUUUUGCCAUAAAAAAACGUAUUAAAUAUAGAAUUUUACACACUGCUCAUUUAUCAAUUAUUUAUGUUGCUAUUAAUAUAGUCUUAUUGCAUUUGUUUUCUAUAAUCUUCGAAUAUAUGAUAACCAUCAGAAAGAAUAUCCGGAUUACCUAUUAUAUUAGGUAUGUAUCUAGUCAACUAUUUGAAAUAACAUUAUGCAUACUUUGUAGAUAAAGUGCAGGUAGUAAACAUUAAAAAAUCAGAGUGAUUAUAUAUUUUUGCUUUCCGUUUUAUUUACACGUACAAUCCCAUAAUGGAAUGCUCUUACAUUACAUAAAAAAUAUAAAAGAUAUGGUAUUCGAUUUGACACUCAUUAAAAUAUAUUUUACAAUUAUGUUUUUAAUA